CCUCACAAUGCGCCCUCAAAUCAGCCAGGGAAGUUGGCGUGACUGCAUGUGCACAGCCUUCUCAUAUAGUCAGUUUGCCAUCCACAGUAGCAGAAGUCAGUCUUGUGUGGAUGAAGCCAUGGCGUCCAAUGCUACCACCUCAGCCUUCUCUCUGCCCAUCAGCACCUCAGCCAGGGUUGGCAUUGCCAUCCUGAUCAUGGCGUUCACACUGGGCUUCCCCGGGAAUCUCUUUGUGGUGUGGUCUGUGUUUUGCCGUGUCCGGAAGCGCUCGGUGACAUGCUUGCUGGUACUCAACCUUGCCAUGGCUGACGCCUUCGUGCUGCUCACGGCCCCUAUCUUCCUGCGUUUCCUGGCUGGCGGGCACGGGUGGGAGUUUGGCUCAGCGGCAUGCAAGCUGGUGCACUACCUGUCCAGUGUCAACAUGUACGUGUCCAUCUACCUCAUCUGCCUGAUGAGCAUGGACCGUUGGCUGGCUGUCACCAGGCCUUUCCUGUCACAGAGGAUGCGGACCAAGCGCUCCUUGCUGGUUCUGCUGCUGGGUGUCUGGGUCAUUGCCUUCCUGCUGUCCCUCCCCAUGCCCUUCUACCGCAGCAAUCUGAGUAAAAUGCUCCCAAACAACAUCACACUGAUGUUUUGCGUGCCGUACCACUGGGGCAGUGUGGGUCACCGGGUCUUCCAGUACACCUUUGAGACCGUCAUGGGCUGCCUGGUGCCCUUCUCCCUCAUCAACACAUGCUACUCGUCAGUCAUCUGCCGCCUGCAGAGCGCCAUGUUCCAGAGGCGAGGCCAAGGCAGCCGCCUGAUCCUGAUGAUCAUCUGUGCCUUCGCUAUUUUCUGGCUGCCGUAUCACAUCAUCAACACCAUCGAGGUGAUUGGCCUGUUGCAGGGCAGCAAGUCGACGGUGGACGCCGCCCUUGUGGCUCGUCCCAACGUCACCGCCUUUGCUUACUUCAGCAGCGCAGUCAACCCGAUUCUGUACGUGUUCGCUGGCAGCUCCCACAUCCGCCAGGCCGGCCUCAGCUUCAUGGGCAAGCUCUUCGAGGCCACCAACUCCGAGAGCAGGAGCACGUCGACCUUUGGCCGCAGCGGACACACCAGCUCGUCUCGAGACGACACCUCGGUGCUGCAGACACUGUCUGUCAAACUGGGAAAGCCAUUCAAAAGCAGGCAGGGCGAUGGCGGCAACAUGGCGGCAAGGGAGACGGAUGAGCCGGAACUGAAGACUCUGGCAAGUGUUGAGCCGUUAGAGUAGCACAGCUGAUGUUAUCAGGUGAUGUAUAAAGCGUUCAAAUUGAACAAAAUGUUUAAUUCGUCAUGCAUGGAAAAGUACAGUUUUGAGGUAUUAAUUUAACAAUAUGUUUAUUAUUGUGUUCUUAAGCUCAUAAAUAGGUGAGCGCCGUUUUUAUUGUGUUUCUUCUGUAGCUUCUGUUGUUUCACAUGCAUUUUUAAAUAAUCAUUUGGUAACAACCGACCAUUGCAUCUACUUCCUCUUUGUUUCAUCACACACAACUUACAAGACCUCUUGCAAUAGUUUAGUUUACCAACCUUACAAAAAAGUAUACAGGUAAUAGGUUUUUAGGGCAUGGAAAAGCACCAAAUAAAAUGUUUAUUGUAAAUGAAGGUUACUUGACGGUCAGUGUGGGACGCGGAGGACGCAAAUAGGACAAGUUUGUUGCGCAAACUGACACUUUCAUUGUGGUAAUCUCAUUUGUUGACCUUCUCAAAAGGCCUCAGCUUUAAACAACAAUGUGAACAACAAAUGAGUCAAUACCUGCUGUGUCUCAAUUCGCGCACUUCCAUACUUAAACAAAAUGAGUGCGUGAAUGCGCAGUUUCAGCACUUCAAACUUACACUGUAGUAUGUAGCGUGACCAAAUGUCCUGUUUUCCCAGGACGCGGUCUGUUUUCAUGUCCUAUCCUGGCGGUCCUGUUUUCAUUUUAGAUCCUGAUAAAAAUGUCCUGGUUUUCAUUGUUUUUCAUUGGGCCAUUACCUUGAUUGGCAUUAGGGCACUCAGCUGCAUGUGAUGUAAAAAUGUGACACUUCUUGCAAAGACUUUCAUACUGAUUUGUUAAGAAACAAAAAACUGUUGGGAAAGAGCAGCUCCAAAGCAAAGUAUAGAUGGACAAACAAGGAGGGUGAGGAAGAAAAACAGGAUAAAGAGGAAAAUGGGGAUGAAGAAGAAACUAAAGAUUUCAGGCCAUUUUGUGUAUGUUGAAGUAAUAUCUUCAUUAUUUUACAUAAUUACAUUGAAAAGUUUGUGAGAGCUUUUUUUGUUAAAGCUGGAUAUAGCUAAUAUAAUUUCAUAUUUUUGAGUUAUUUGUCAAGUUAGACUUUAUUAUUUCAAUCAUGAUUUAAUUCCAGAUAUUAUCAUUUGUUUUUUUUUGCACCAUUGGAAAUGAUCAAAGAGGUAAUAUUUUAGGUAUAAGCCCAACUGAAUGUGUGUCUUUGGUAAUAGAUAAUAUUUUGUAAUAUAACAAUUUUCUAUACUUUAAAUGUAUUGAAAUUAUAAGGCAUCGUUGAGUAAACCUCAACUAUCUUUGAGAAUUUUAUUACGGGGCUGAGUGUCCUGGUUUUUGGUAGUCAAAAUCUGGUCACACUAUAUGUAUGGAAGUAAUUGCUUUCACUUACGCACUCAAAAUGCCAGUGUAAGAGGACAUCUGUUCCCAAAGCCAAGGCUGUGCACCGUGAAGAUCACAAUGUCUGCCAAACUUUGUGUGAAAGUGAGUCUGUGCGACGCCCUCGCUCAGAAUAGCAUCAUGUUGUCGUCCAGCGUGAGAGUGAGCAGGCAGCUUUGAGUCUCACACAGAGGAGACGAGUGCACACUUUACUGCGU